AUGUCUUCAGAAGAGGGAGAGGAGGUCACGCCUGCUCCAAGCAGUGAAAAAUUUGACGGCAAGGUUGUUGCUGGCGCAGCAGCGGUUGGCGGCGUUGCCGCGUUUGUGCUUGCGGGUCCGCUAGUCGGGCUCGCUGCGGCAGGAGGAGCGGCGUACGCGGCGACUCGCAACGAUGAGGUGGGAGCGGCUGCCAAGUCGACGGGGAAGGCUGCUCUCGCCAUCGGCGACAAAGCACGGGAAAUCAACGAGGAGCACAAGAUUUCGGAUAAGGUGGCAGAGGGGGCGAAGAACAGCUUGGCCUGGGCUCACGACAUGAACGAGCGGCAUGAUGUGAGCGGGAAGGUCACCGCAGGAAUAACUGCGGCUGGAAACUGGAUCACAGACAAGCUCGGAGGCGAGCAAAAGAAGUAG